AUGGCAGGUGGUUCCCACCCCAAAUCCUCUACCCACAGACCCUCCUCGUCCUCCACCCCUGCCCCCUAUCGCAAAUCCCGCUGGGAAUCCACCUCCACCGCCGCCCCCAACAACAAUAAUCCACCACUACAUCAAUCCAACCAGAAAUUCCCUAAACCAAACCCUUCCCCAAAGCCUAACGCUGGUCCAUCACCCAAGCCUGCUACUCCUACUGCAGGUCCAAUCCAACCUCCACAAGUCCCUCCGUUCUCAUUCCCAGACCUCGGCCCUCCUCCACCACCUACCUACGGCUUUCACAUGCUUGAACGCCGCACCAUUAUGCUUGCCGACGGCAGCGUCCGUUCUUACUUAGCUCUCCCCCCAGAUUACCAAGACUUCCCUCGUCCGCCUCUUCCACCACGGUUCCUUCACGGGGGGCCCACCCCCGACUUUCUCCCCGGUGGGCCCCGCUUCCCUCCACGGAGCCCCGAUGUGUUAGGUUUACAAAAUCAGAAUCAAAACCAAAAUAAGAGGAAAUUUGAAGAGGAAUUAGUGAAGCACGGGAAUAGUGGUAGUAAUUAUAAUAACAACAAUAAUAAUUCAAGUGGGAGAAGUUAUAAUUUGGGGCCGGAUAAUCGACGUGCUGGGACAAGUAAUAUGGGGGACGAAAUGAGAGCGGGGAAGCAAAUGAGGAUUGGUAGUGGUAAUGGUAUUGGGUUUGUUAAUAGUGAUAACAAUAGGAAUGUUGGUGAAGUGAACCAGGGAGAAUUAAAGAAAGCGUUUUUGCAUUUUGUGAAGGCGAUUAACGAGAACGAGGCUGAUAGGAAGAAGUAUUUGGAGGAUGGGAAGCAAGGGCGGCUUCAGUGCGUGGCUUGUGGCAGGGAGCCAUACAGAUUUAAGAAUAUGGUGUUUUUGAGUAAUCUCUUAGAAGGUUUGAUUGUUAUGUCUUCCAAAGACUUCCCAGACAUGCAUGCUCUUAUAAUGCACACAUACAGCUCAGAUAAUGCUGAUGUGCAUGUGGAUCACUUGGGCUUGCAUAAAGCUCUCUGUGUUCUAAUGGGAUGGAACUAUUCAAAGCCUCCUGAUAACUCAAAGGCCUAUCAGUUCUUACCUGCUGAUGAAGCAGGAGCAAACCAAGAUGAUUUGAUUAUGUGGCCACCAGUGGUGAUAAUUCAUAACACAGUUACAGGGAAGAGUAAAGAUGGGCGUGUAGAAGGUUUGGGAAACAGAGCAAUGGAUAGCAAAAUGAGAGAUUACCAGCUCUAUCCCAAUACACCUCCUCAUUUUGAUGCACUUUUUGGUAAGAAUACUGAUGAUAUUUUGAUGCGGGAGCAAACCCUGAGCAGUAGCUCAAAAUUGAUAGAUCUCGGAUUUGUGGGUGGCAAAUCAAAGUCCUUGUAUGGAAGAGAGGGUCAUCUAGGCAUUACUCUUGUAAAGUUUGGUGGUGAUCAAUCAGGUCUGAAAGAGGCUAUACGGCUGGCAGAAUAUUUUGAGAAGGAUAAUCGUGGACGCAAGGCUUGGGGUCGCAUAACACCCCUGACAUUUGGCAAGGAUGACGAGAAAAAUCCAAACCUUGUGAAGGUGGAUAGGAGUGGGGAGAAAACCAGGAUUCUAUAUGGUUAUCUUGCAACAGUUUCUGAUCUCUACAAGGUUGAUUUUGAGACAAGGAAGAAGGUCGUGAUUGAGAGCCAGCAGGAUUACAAAGCAUCCAAGUAG